GAUCGUACGCCAUAAACAACCGAAACGUCAGUGGAGUUCUGUUUUUAGGUGUGGUUAGGAAGUUUGCCAUGAUUCAUAAGUAAAAUAGAACGGUCCGAUUUCCGCGAUCUACGAUGGAUAGUCAAGGUAGAAAAGUAAUUGUGUGCGAUAACGGAACGGGGUUCGUAAAAUGCGGAUACGCCGGCAGCAACUUUCCGGCGCACAUCUUCCCGUCAAUGGUCGGCAGGCCGAUAAUACGUGCCGUCAACAAGAUCGGAGACAUCGAAGUUAAGGGUUAUCAUGUAGAAGGUGUUGCAAGUACGUUACCUGAUUUAAUGGUCGGCGACGAAGCAUCGGCGCUACGGUCACUUUUGGAGGUGAACUAUCCCAUGGAGAACGGAGUCGUGCGUAAUUGGGAUGAUAUGUGCCAUGUUUGGGAUUACACAUUCGGACCGAAAAAGAUGAACUUGGACCCAAAAGAAACAAAGAUUCUACUGACUGAGCCGCCAAUGAAUCCAAUCAAGAAUCGGGAGAGAAUGAUCGAGGUCAUGUUUGAAAAGUACGGGUUCGCUGGCGCAUAUAUUGCCAUACAAGCUGUACUGACACUCUAUGCUCAGGGAUUGCUUUCUGGAGUGGUCGUCGAUUCCGGUGAUGGUGUAACCCACGUGUGUCCCGUAUUUGAGGCAUACGCCCUGCCACACUUAACGACACGAUUAGACAUCGCCGGCAGAGAUAUUACGCGCUACCUCAUCAAACUGUUGCUUUUAAGGGGGUACGCAUUCAAUCACUCCGCAGAUUUCGAAACGGUGAGGAUGAUGAAGGAGAAAUUGUGCUACAUCGGGUACGACAUCGAAACCGAGCAGAGGCUGGCAUUGGAAACGACGGUACUUGUCGAAGCGUACUCGUUACCCGACGGGCGAGUCAUUAAAGUGGGCGGUGAGAGGUUCGAGGCACCCGAGGCUUUAUUCCAACCUCAUCUCAUCAACGUGGAGGGACACGGGAUUGCGGAGCUCGUCUUCAACACGAUACAAGCUGCCGAUAUCGAUAUGCGUUCCGAACUCUACAAACAUAUCGUGUUGUCUGGCGGUUCGACGAUGUAUCCGGGACUUCCUUCGCGUUUAGAACGCGAAAUAAAGCAGCUGUACUUGGAAAGGGUGCUGAAGAAUGAUAUCGAUAAGCUACAUAAAUUUAAGAUAAGAAUCGAAGAUCCUCCAAGGCGUAAGGAUAUGGUAUUUAUUGGGGGUGCGGUUUUGGCCGAGGUCAUGAAGGAUAGGGACAGCUUUUGGAUGUCAAAACAGGAGUACCAAGAGCAGGGUCUACACGUAUUGAAAAAAUUGAGUACCCGAGCAGAAUAAGUCUUAUAUGAUUUUCGAUCGAUGUGUAAUUUUCAACUGCAAUUAUUUGUACAUUCCAAUUUGCAUUGUGGAAAUUACUAGGCAUAGAUAUUUUUUAUUAUAAAAUGUUUAUAGGAUGUAUGUGUAUAGGAAUUAAAUUACUUUACCUUUA